GCCGCGGCGGGCGGGAUGGCGCUGCCGGUGCGGCGGUGGCUGCCGCUGGCGCUGGCCCUGGCGCUGGCCCUGGCGGCGGCCGCGGGGCAGUCCCCGCUGCAGCGGCGCGUGGUGCGAGACGUGCUCGAGUAUUUCCACGGGCGCAGCAACGUGCACUUCCUCUUCAAGGAGCGGGAGCUGGACGGGGUCAUCGAGCGGGAGGACCCUUCGGGGACCUUUGUGCAGCUCCGCCUGGGCCUGGCACAGACCACGUGUCGGAAGCGAGCGCCGCAGCGGCACUGCCGGGUGCUGGAGAGCCGGCGCAAGCCGACCUGCCUGGCCUGCUACAAGUUCGACACCGGCGACGUGCCCAAGGUGCUGGACAAGUACCACAACUGCGGCCCCAGCCACCACCUGGCGGCCAAGGAGAUCCGGCAGCGGGACGAGGCCGAGUGCCGGGCGGUGGAGGAGGCGGGCAGAGGGGGGGACACGCCGUACCUGCCCGGGAUGUUCGCCUUCUCCCGGGGGCUGCCGGCCUAGCCCCUCCGUGUCCCUUUCCAGGCUCCACGGCACCGAUGGACGCUGCCACCGCCUGCCCCGCUUGUCACCCCCCAGCCCCCUCCGACCCAGGAGGGUCCUGGAUGUGUCCCCCCCUCCUGCCUGUCCCCUCUUGUCCCCAAUAAACCCAGCGCUGGCUCCGC